CAAACCGAUCUCGACGCACACGCGCGCCCAAGGUUCGCUACGCCAAGCAACGCCGGCCCCUCGCGGCCAGGAGCCCUGCAAGGCGCUUCCACACCCUAAAACACGACACCGAUCCAUCUGGGGGGCACAGCACCAGCGCCGGCGUUAGCAAACAGGGCUCCGCGGGCUAAAGAGAUGGAAAUCGUUCCUGAGGGAAAAAACUUCCGAUUGGUAACCGAAGACGAGCUCCCAGCGGUAGCCGAUAUCUUAGUGCAGUAUAUGCCUGAAUCUUUAAAGUUUCAUCAAACGAUUCAAACAUAUCUAAACAACAAGGUGUGGGACUUCCAUUUUUAUGUAGCGAAAAAUUGGCCGGAGGAUCCGAUUUGCCUACAUUUCCCUGGAUGCACUAGCACGCCCAACAGUCAUAUUUAUGAGAGCGUAACUAUAUUCUGUCCAUCGGAGCGUGCAGAACUGGUUGAUUUGUUGACAUCCGAAGACGUGUUGCUUGAUCUAACUCAACCAUUGUACCUGAACUUUACUCACCAGGCUAUUGUAGACCGCUUUGAAAAGCGCUAUGAAGCCCACGACAAAAUCACUGGUGACGUAUACGUGUGUGACAAACCACCUGAAGAACCCACUACUGAUGAACUGCCACCGGACGUGGAGUUAGUUCGUUUACAGCCAGAACAUAUGAAGGCAGUUCACGAUUUGUACCCAGCUAGUGAUAUAGAGUGCCGAGAAGUUUUCGAGAAGCUGGUUGCAGAACUGCCUGCAUAUGGAAUAUUUGUUGAAGGGCAGCUGGCCGCUUGGAUGGUACAAUCCUAUUAUGGAGCCAUGUUUUCAAUGCAAACGCGACCUGAAUUUCGUAGGAAAGGCUAUGGGAUUUUCUUAGCGAGGCGUCUAACCAAGGAGGUCGCCGCUCGAGGCUAUAAGCCGUUCGUCGUGAUUCGUCCGGAAAACGACGCAUCCCGUUCCCUCUACUCUAAGCUCGGUUUCGAGAAACGUUUCCGAACGGUGCGCGCCGUUUUGCGUCCUCGCUAAUGCGUUAAAGUUGAUCACUAGCAGAUUUUAUUUUUUUAAGACUUUUGAAAAAAAUCAAUUUAGCUUACGAUCUUUGAUCGUUUAGAAAAUUUUAGUAGUAGCUAUAAGAAGGAGCGGCUCUUGCUUUUGAUAUGCAUUUUGUAACAGAUGUACCUAUGUUUUUUUUUUAAUUUAAAUGUUGGUAUCAACCCUAUCAGUGACGAUAAAAUAAUAUUAAUAACCUUUCAAUAUAUUUAUAUUAUAUGUAUGUUUUUGUAUGUUUGUUUAUAUGUAUGUUUAAAUUAUGGGAGUAAAACUGAAGUAAUAUUUUUUUUUCAUAAAAAAUGUUCUAUAUAAUUGCACAUAACAAGCAGAUUUGAAAGCAAUAGCCGUUCGCUGCGUUUUAGCGCCAGCCUAGUUUCUGAUCUUAAUGACGCUAACUUGUCAAGAAAUUUGGAGUCUUGGAUCAGACAACGUUAAUAUUUCAAUUUACGCUACGCUACUAUUCCGUUAGCGUAAAUAAUUUCUUAAAACUCAUUGUAACGCUCAAUUUUAAUGUUUCAAAUUAUUUGGCGGUAUCAAGAUGUACCAUACUUCUUGACAUAGUUAACCUCUACAAAUAUCUCAUUUAGGCGAACGCUUCAUUAUCACUCGUUGAUCGAGCGGAACUAUCUGUCUCAUGGUUUAUAAAAUUUUGGGACUCGUUAUGACCUGUACGAUAGAUAAAACGUAUUCCUACUUAUUAAAAUACAGUAUACGUGUAUACCUGGCCUAGGUGAUGUGUACAUGUGAAAUACAUGAGAAGAAAGUUACCGUCGUAGCACUCGCGAGUUGCACAAUAAUUCUUCGAAAGAUUUAAGCACCAUUAUUAUUCAUCUGACGCUAGGAAUACGGUUCUAUAAAAGUUUAAGGCUAUAAUUUUUACGACCUCCAAUCGAAAUUAAAGUCAAACUAUCUGGCGAGAUUAUUAAACAUCCUUUCAGUCAGGUAGGUUCUGAUAAAUAUUGGAAUUUGAAUUAAAUGUGGGAAGAGGUACAUUUUUUAUUUAUUUUAUACUUUUGCUAUGUUUUGAUAUAAUUAAAGGAUAUUGAAAAGGCUGGAAUAAAGAAUAUUGAAAGUUAGUGUGACAUGCGUUUUAUACAUAUAAUAAUAAUUAUUCGUAGCCUACUAUAGUUUAAACUCUUUUUGAUAACUGGUUUUCGUUUUAAUAUGAAUUUUGUAGGUACUAUGUUUUUUUAUAAAUGGACAAUGACGGAUAACGCGAUGAAAUCAAUAAACAAUUUGAUACAAAAAAGUAGAUAGGUAGGUAUUUUAAUACGGGAAACUAUUUUACAUUUAUAUAUCGGCGUAGAUAAUUCGUAACGUUUAUAUCCGUGGUGUAUCAAAAAAAUAAA